AUGCCUUCCUCGAAUAUUCAUAGGGUGUUUGUAGGGGUUUUGGACGCUCGUGACCCGCUUGGAAGUCGAAGCAGUUCUGUUGAGCAACAAGUUAUCAGCAGUGGUAAACGUCUUGUUCUUCUUCUAAAUAAGAGCCGAUUCAGUAGCUCCAAUCUUAACAACUCGUCAUCCUCAAGGUGUAUCGGAGCUGACCUUGUGAUGAAAUUGUUGGGAAAUUAUUGUCGUAACAAAGAUAUCAAGACCAGCAUUCGCGUAGGAGUAGUCGGUUUUCCAAAUGUUGGCAAGAGCAGUGUAAUAAACAGUCUUAAAAGAAAACGUGCAUGCAAUGUGGGCGCUUUGCCUGGUAUCACAAAAGAAAUUCAAGAAAUCGAAUUGGACAAACACAUUCGACUCAUUGAUUCUCCUGGAGUGGUUUUACUAAGUGCAAAGGAUCUCGAUCCCGUGGAGGUAGCCCUAAGAAAUGCGAUUCGUGUUGAUAACCUAAUGGAUCCCAUCGCUCCUGUGAUCGCAAUAUUGAGAAGAUGCUCCAAAGAGACGCUGAUGUUGCAUUAUUCGAUUCCCGAAUUCAACUCUACUGAGCAGUUUCUUGCUCUGGUGGCACGAAAACUGGGAAGACUCAAGAAAGGAGCUCGGCCUGACACGAAUGCUGCUGCUAAACACGUACUGCAUGAAUGGAACAGCGGUAAAUUGCGCUAUUACACUCAUCCACCAGAAGACACAAUUUCAACAUCUGCUCCUGAAACUGGCGUAUCAGCUGAAAUUGUUAGCCAGUUUAGCAAGGAAUUUGACAUUGAUAGCCUUGAUGACGACUUGAAACAGUUGGUAGAAGGUUUGCCCAUGGAUACAGACGCCACCUUCGUUCCCUAUAACUCUUCAAAUGAAGAAGAAGAUGAUAAAGAUGCGGAAAUGAUUGUAGAUGAGGAAAGUAAGUUACUUUUAAGUGUUGCCUCGAGGAUUGUACUUCCUGUUGUACUAAUUUUUCUGCGCUACCUUUUCACGCCUGCUCCUUUAUCAAAACACGAGGUAGUGCAACAAACCCUGCAUCACUUUGAGUUUCUCAUCCGUCAAUUAAAGGAGGGGGGGAGCAAAAAAAGACUUCUCCGCUUGUGGAGUGCAUAA